AGAGGGGGAGAGUCGAGUCUCCUGUACCUCUACCACAAGUUGUAACAGAACACAAACUCUCUCCUCUUCUUCCUUCGCCAGCUGUGUUCUGCCGCUUCCUUCCUCUCUCUCUCUCUCUCUCUCUCUCGUCUCUACCUAUAUAUAUAGGCUGUAGAUUUAUUUUACUUGUACACAAACAGGCCCUUAUACACAAACACGCCCUUAUACAUUGCAUAAUCCACUGCAUUUGAUGUCGGUUGGCUGAUCUACCUCUCGAUCUGCUCUCCUCUGCUCCGUUCGACUGCUGCGUUCACACCCGCUUGUUCGAUCUGCACCGAUCGGUAUUGCUGUAGUAGUUGUUGUUGGAUUUUGAGUCGGAUUGCAAUGACGGCCGGCGUGGAUGUGCACCUUGAUGCCUGUGAAUCAGAGGUGUCCAAAGGCGAGGUUGUCAAUGUCAAUGUCAAUGUCAGUGUUGGGAAUGGCAAUGGGAAUCAGAGUGACAAUGGUUUUUCUAAGCACGACACCGACACUGACAGCUCUUAUGUCUUUGUGACCGGGAGUGAUGCCAUUGUUUCCCAAUACCCUGUCGAGUCUGAUCCAAACAGUAGCGUUGUUCAGAACAAUGGCAGUGUUGUUCUUCACUCGGAGGCUCAAAAGGACAAUUCCCAAUCUCAUUUACUCAACAAGGCUGCCGCAGAAGCCUCACAUCUCAAUGACGGGGAGGUGGUGGUGUCUGACGGAGCAGAGACUGAUAAGGAUCCAGAAGUAGCCGAGGAGGUUCCCUUGAAAGAUGCUUCGAGGGAUCUAGGCCAAGAGACGGGGCAUGAUUCAAUGCCAACCCCAACCCUGUCGUUGGCUGACCAAGUUGUGGGUGAUCCCGAGUCCAAGGAAGCUACUGCAGACGGCUUGCCUGCUUGUCAUGCUCAUGAACUGAAUGGAUCUUCUGAAUAUGGCCACGCCUCGUCUGCCACAGUAAUUUUUGAAGAUGCCUCUCUCCAAGAUGCGACAAAGCCAGCUACUCAAGUUGUCAACGGCUGUGUCUCUGAUCAAAGUACUGGAGAUGGCUUGCCGAAUGCUCAUGUGCCUCUAGUUACAAAUGACUCGGUUGAUGCACCUGAAGAGAAUGAUGGAUUGUGUGAAAAUGCUGAUAGUUUGGAGAAAGUAGCUGUCGAAAAUGGUGAAAGCUUUUCAACUGUUGCUGAUAAUGAUAUAAUAGGAGAUCAAAAGGCUGAGAAUGGGGUUUCUCCACCUACGGAAGAUGUUUCAACUUGCGCUGUUGAUGACGUGAGGCCAGAGCUUGAUGCUGUAAAGUUAACUGAGAAGAGUAGUGAAGUCCCCAAUCCUUGCCCCCUUGUGCAUUCAGACUCAGAAAUUGAAGCUGAGAAGGGACCGGUUAUAGAUGAUACACAGUCAAGUUCCCCACCUAAUGAUGCAAUAUCAGAACCCAAUUCAAAAUCAGAAAUUGAAUUGGAGAUUGGGCUCGUUGUAGAUGAUACUCUGUCAAGUUUCCCACCUAAUGAUACUAUAUCAAAAGAACCCCAUCCAAAAUCAGAAGUUGAACCUCAGAGAGCCCUAGUUGUCGAUGAUACUCUGUCAAGUUUCCCACCUAAUGAUACUAUAUCAAAAGAACCCCAUCCAAAAUCAGAAGUUGAAUCUGAGAGAGCCCUAGUUGUCGAUGAUACUCUGUCAAGUUCCCCACCAAAUGAUGCAAGAUCAGAGGAACCCACUUCAAAAUCAGAAGUUGAAUCAGAAAGUGCGCCUGUUGUAGAUGAUACUCUGCCAAGUUUCCCACCCAAUGAUGAAAUGUCAGAAGAAUCCAAUUCAAAAGCAGAAGUUGAAUAUGGAAGUGCGCCUCUUGUGGAUGAUACUCUGCCAAGUUUCCCACCGAAUGAUGCAGUAUCAGAAGAACCAAAUUCAAAAUCUGAAGUUGAAUCUGAAAGUGCGCCCGUUGUAGAUGAUAAUCUGCCAAGUUUCCCAACCAAUGAUGCAAUAUCAGAAGAACCCAUUUCAAGAGCAGAAGUUGAAUCUGAGAGUCAGCCAGCUGUGGAUGAUACCUCAAGUUUCCCAUCGAAUGGUGCAAUAUCGGAAGAACCCAAAUUAAACUCAGAAGUUGAAUCUGAGUGUCCGCUCGUUGCAGAUGAUACUUUGUCAAAUUUCCCACCAAAUGAUGCAAUAUCAGAAGAACCCAAUUCAAAAUCAGAAGUUGAAUCUGAAAGUGUACUCAUUAUUGAUGAAACCCUGUCAAGUUUCACACCUAAUGACACAAUAUCAGAACACAAUUCAAAAUCAGAAAUUGAAUUGGAGGGUGUUCCCAAUGAAGAUGAUACUCUGUCGAGUUUCACAGCAAAUGGUGCAAUAUCAGAUCCCAAGACCAGCCAUGAUUCUGUUGGUGUAGAUGCUGGUUUGUCAAAUUUGGAGGUUGAAUGUGUUGCCAGCCCUCCUAUAUCUGUUUCUGACAACAGUGCAAAUGAAGCUAGCUAUCCUGCUAAGCCAGAUAUUGAUGAAAAGCUAGCGUCUGAAGUUCAGAGUACAUCUGCUCUGAGAAGCAGAGCUAUCCCCGAUGAUGAAUUCAACACAUCCGAAUCCACGAUUCUGAAUGACUCUUUUGUUGAGAAUGGCACUUUUGUGGAGAAUGGAAGGCCGCUAACUUGCAACCUGGAUGAUGUUCAAAUUGAAAGUGAUGUUAAUUCAACACAUCAAGAAGUGGAGCGCACUGGCGGAAUACUUGGAUCUGAACCCCCAGCUUCUUCUGGGGAAGUUUCCACUGCUGAUGCUGUGGAAGGGCAGAAUAAGGGUGCUGAGGUAGAAAAAAGGCCGUUCUACUUCUUGAUAAAGAUUCCAAGAUAUGAUGAUGAAAAUUUAAAAGAAGAGAUUAAACAGGCUCAGUUACAUGUUGAAGAAAAAACUAAAAGCCGGGAUGCUAUUCGUUCCAAAAUCCAAAUGAAAAGGGCUACUUGUAAGGAGUAUUUCGAUAAAUUUGAAGCUGCCAGAUCUGAAGAGAGAGCUGCACGAGACCUGUUUAAGGCCAAGCGCAAGGAAAUGGAUUCUGUUCAAUUAAUGAUUAACAAAGUGAAGAAUGCAAUCUCUAUUGAGGAUUUGGAUUAUAAAAUACGCAAUAUGGAACACAGUAUGGAGCAUGAGACCUUGCCUUUGAAGGAAGAAAAGCAAUUUAUUCGAGAAAUUAAGCAACUGAAGCAACUUCGUGAACAGCUCUCUUCUAGCCUGGGUAAGCAGGAUGAAGUUCAAGAAGCUUUAGACCAGAAAGACCAUGUUGAACAGAGCUCAAAGGUUCUGAGGAAGGAAAUGGAUCUACUCAGAGAAAAUCUUCUCAAAGCAGAGGCAGUCACUCAAGUUGCUAAGAAGAAAUUUAAUGAAGAAAAUAAUAUGCUGAACGAAAUACUUUCUCAGUUUAGAGCUGCAGAUGACAUUCGUCAAGAAGCAUAUGCACAUUUACAGGGUCUGAGGAAAAAACAAUAUGAAAAGAACAAAUACUUUUGGAGGUACAAGGAUGAUGCGAAGGCUGCUAAUAAUCUGGCACUGAGCGGAGAUAGGGAACAACUACAACAUUUGUGUAUCAAUCAGGUGGAAACAGUUAUGGAACUCUGGAAUAAUAAUGAUGAUUUCCGGAAAGAAUACUUGAGAUGCAACAACAGGAGCACAUUAAGGAGGUUGAGAACCUCAGAUGGGCGCUCUCUUGGUCCUGAUGAGGAGCCCCCUGUAAUACCUGAUAUCGUAAGAGCAACCAAGAAUAAUUUGGCAACAGUGGUUUCCACUCCUGAACAACCAAAGCAAGUUGCCCCUGAGGAGGCUGAACAACCAGAUGACAUAUCUUCAAUGAAGGUUGUUCAACAGAAAAAUGAGAUAGCUAAAAUGAAGAAGCCUGUGAAAUCCGCUUCCUCAGAAAUUAUCCCAGAAACUGCUUCUGAAAGAAACAAUUUUGAAGAGGAAAAGGUAGAAGUCCCUAAAUUAACAAAAGAGGAAGAAGAGUUGGCCAGAAAGACAGAAGAAUUGAGAAAGGAAGAAGCAGAAGCUAGGUUGAGAGAGCAGCGUAGACUGGAGGAGAAGGCCAAAGCUAAGGAAGCACAGGAGAGGAAAAAAAGAAUAGCGGAGAAGGCCCAAGCCAGAGCUGCCAUAAGAGCGCAGAAGGAAGCGGAGGAGAAAGAGAAGGAAAGGGAGAAGAGGAUAAGGAAGAAGGAAAGAAAGAUGGCGACUACAACAAAGGCUACAAAUGAUAUUAGUGAAGUAGACUGUGCUCUAGAACCAAGCUCAGAGGCACCAACUGAAAUUCUUAAGGAGCCUGAAACCAGGGAGAAACCGGUGACAGUAACAAAGAGGUCUCAGAAAUCCUCGCAGUUGACAAAGCAAACCAAGGUAAAAUCCAUGCCUCUGCCUCUUCGCAACCGCAGUAAGAGAAGGAUGCAGCCUUGGAUGUGGGCUGUAGUGGCAAUUGUGCUCGUCGUUGCCUUGUUUUUGCUGGGCAAUGGGGGCAGUUCCUAUUUUAAAGCUACGCUGGAAAAGUUUUUCUGAAUACAUGCAGUUAUUAAAACUAGGUAAAUUAACAGAGUUUGCAAGGGCAUUCCCAUAAUAAUAUUAUUAUUAUAUACAUAUAUGUUAUAUAUAUAGGCAAUUCUUUUGUGCGCGUAUAGGGAUUUAUUAUUUUCCUUUUAGUUUGCAGUUUUCUUUCACACCAGUUACAGAUUGGUUUCAUUAAUUAUUAUUAUUAUUAUAAGCGUGAAGAACAAAAGAUGAAGGAAAAAAAAAAAAAAAAAGGAACCAAAGACGCUGCUGCUGCUGCUGCUUUUUCUGAUGCUUUUCUACCAUUGUGUAUGUUGCUUGUUGCUUGCUUUGCUUGUGGUGAGUUAUGUUAUGUUAAUAAAGAUUAAUUUUUUUU